GGGAUAUUUUCAAGUUUGUAGUAUACAAGGCCUAUUUCGUUUUAAUUUAGCCGAGUUCCAAAAUUUUAAUCCCCAGCAUGGCUUCCUCCGGCAGACCAGAGCACCAAGCUCCGCCUGAAAUUUUCUAUAACGACGAUGAAGCAAGAAAAUACUCGUCGAACUCGCGCAUGAUGGAAAUCCAACAACAAUUGUCAGAAAGAGCAUUGGAAUUAUUAGCUUUACCAGAAGAUAAACCGUGUUUUAUAUUAGAUGUUGGAUGUGGUUCAGGAUUAAGUGGUGAAUGUUUAACAGAAGAAGGACAUGUGUGGAUUGGUAUUGAUAUUAGUUCCAGUAUGUUAGAUGUGGCUGUGGAUAGAGAAGUAGAAGGAGAUUUAAUAUUAGGUGAUAUGGGAUAUGGUAUGCCAUUCAGACCAGGAACAUUUGAUGGAGUUAUUAGCAUAUCAGCAUUACAGUGGUUGUGUAACGCAGAUAAAAAAUACCAUCAGCCACAUAAAAGAUUAUUUAAAUUCUUUUCAACAUUAUAUGCUUCAUUGUGUCGAGGAGCAAAAGCUGUCUUUCAGUUAUAUCCAGAAAACAGUGCACAGUUAGAAUUAAUCACAUGUCAAGCUAUGAAAGCUGGCUUUACUGGGGGUUUAGUAGUAGAUUAUCCCAACAGUACAAAAGCUAAAAAGAUGUUUCUAUGUUUGUUUACAAGUGGGGGUAAUUGUACAUUACCUAAAGGUUUGGGUACUGAUGUAUCUGAUGAUCAAGUUGCUUAUAGUGAUAAAAGAGUAACAUUUGGAAAACUGAAAGGGAAAUCGGCUAAAAAGAGUCGUGAUUGGAUCAUAGAGAAAAAAGAGAGGAGGAGAAGACAAGGGAGAGAUACACGUCCAGACUCAAAAUACACUGGUAGAAAAAGAAAGCCACGAUUUUGAUUUUUUAGGUUUUUUUUUGUAAAAAGUGUAAAUAAAUGGAAAUAGACAAAAA